CCCGUUUCUCCGAUGAUAUUGGACUGAGUUCCAUCGAUCGAUUGAGCGAGAACUGACAUUGCGAAACUGUAUCUUUGCCUUUAUUGCCGUUCCCGGAGGUCCUGUGAAGAUCUCGAACGAAUUUGUAUUGUGCAUUACAGAAUGGCAGCGACGGUGGCUGGGGGUAGUAGUAGUGGUACCGCUAGCACAAGUGUUCAAUUGCCUGUUUCGUUGUCAGUCCAAGAGAAAGGAAGUAGAAACAAGAGAAAAUUUCGGGCUGAUCCACCACUAAUUGACCCAAACAAGCUUCUUUCUUCGUCCCAAUCAGAAUGCCCUGGUUAUGAGUUCUCUGCUGAGAAAUCAGCAAACAACCCCAGUCAUGACCAAUGUAUCUGUGACCUAUGCGGCCAUAGCCAAGACCAAACCGAUGCUUUAAAAUCUGACCUUAGCUUGUCAGCUACACUGGGGCCAUCUGAGGUUGGGCCCAGUCGGCCUAGAGAGGAACUAGACUCAGAGGAGGUCCAAGAAGCUGACUGGAAUGAUCUUACAGAAAGCCAGCUUGAAGAACUUGUUUUGAGCAAUUUGGAUACAAUUUUCAAGAAUGCCAUUAAGAAGAUUGCUGCAUGUGGGUACAGUGACGAGGUUACCACAAAGGCUGUUUUGAGGUCUGGCCUUUGUUAUGGCUGUAAGGACACUGUAUCAAACAUUGCCGAUAAUACCUUAGCCUUUUUGAGAACUGGUCAAGAUAUUGACUCCUCGAGGGAAAAUUUCUUUGAAGACUUACUGCAGCUGGAGAAGUAUAUUUUGGCUGAGAUGGUUUGUGUGCUUAGGGAGGUUAGGCCAUUCUUUAGUGUUGGGGAUGCAAUGUGGUGCUUGUUGAUCUGUGACAUGAAUGUAUCCCAUGCUUGUGCAAUAGAUGGUGAUCCUUUAAGUAGUUUUGGUGAUGAGGCUCCUGGGGGCAGUUCCUCUGUUUCUACACUUACCCAAUUGAAAUUAGAGGCAAACAGUUCUGAAGUCAAUCUUCCGAAUCUUAACAAAUCAAAUCCUGAAUUUGCUUGUCCCCAUACUUCUCAAUCUGAAACACACACUGUGACAGGUAUACCAAAUUUACCUAAUCCCCGUAAUCCCCUUGUUCUUGAAGGGCUACGCCCAGAGAAAGAAGGCCAAAUUUCCCAAUCUGAUAAUGCGGAGAAAUCCUCCAAUGUUACUGGAGACCGUGUGCAGACCGCAUCCCAGUCUUCUACUCUAGAGGAAAAGCCAGCAGGUGGUAGAAAGGGUCAUUCAAACAUUUCAAAGAGAGAGUCAAUUCUCCGACAGAAAUCACUUCACCUGGAGAAAAACUAUCGUGCAUAUGGGUCUAAGGGGGCUCUGAGAGCAGGAAAGCUCAGUAGUUUGGGUGGUUUGAUUUUGGAUAAGAAACUGAAGUCAGUCCCUGAUUCUAGUGGUGUAAAUAUGAAGAUUUCCUCCUUAAAGACAAGUAAGGUGGUGGGAGUUGAUGAGUCUCAAGCUGAUGGAAACCGUAAUCUUUCCUUAAAUGCUGGAACCUCUACACCAUCACCUUUUAACCCCAAAACUGCCAAUACUACAUCUACAUUGCCUACAGAAAAUGCCCCCUCUUCAUUUUCCACAGCCAAUACCCCAGCUGCGCUACCUUCAGCCAAUACUACAUCAACAUUGCCUACAGCAAACACAGAGCUCUCUCUUUCACUGUUUUCAGGAAGCAAUACUGCUUCAAAGUCCCUCAGUUGCAAUGUUAAUGGGAGCUUAUUUGGGAUUCCUUAUGACAAGUCCCUGGGCAGGUGGGUCCCACAAGAUGAGAAGGAUGAGAUGAUACUGAAAUUGGUUCCUCGGGUGAGGAGGCUACAGAGCCGUCUCCAUGAGUGGACUGAAUGGGCCAAUCAAAAGGUCAUGCAGGCUGCUCGUCGGCUGAGUAAAGACAAAGAUGAACUUAAGAGCCUGAGGCAAGAGAUAGAAGAGGUUGUGCGUCUCAAGAAAGAAAAGCAAACACUUGAGGAGAACACCAUGAAGAAGCUGUCUGAGAUGGAGUAUGCAUUGGGUAAGGCUACUGGCCAGGUUGAGCGAGCUAAUUCAGCUGUUCGCAGGCUUGAAGUGGAGAAUGCUGAGCUGAGGCAUGAGAUGGAGGCUGCUAAAGUACGUGCUGUAGAGUCGGCUGCAAGCUGUCAGGAAGUGUCAAAAAGGGAGAAGAAAACGCUGAAGAAGUUCCAGUCAUGGGAGAGACAGAAAAUCUUGUUUCAGGAGGAGCUUGUUACUGAAAGGCGGAUGCUGGCUCAGCUGCAUCAGGAACUAGAACAAGCUAAAGAUUUGCAAGAUCAACUUGAGGCUAGAAGGAAACAGGAAGAGAACGCAAAGGAAGAGUUUCUGACAUUGGCCAGUUCCAUAAGAAAAGAAAGAGAACAAACUGAGGCCUCUGCGAAAUUGGAGGAAGACAUGAUCAGACAAAAAGCGGAAAAUGAUCUUCAGAGAUAUAAAGAUGAUAUCCAGAAGCUUGAGAAUGAGAUCUCUCAAUUAAGACUCAAAGCUGAUUCCUCAAAAAUUGCUGCGCUACGGAGGGGCAUUGAUGGAAGCUACAAUAGCUGUCUGACAGAUGGCAAAAGUGCAUUGGGCUUCAAAGGGAUCCAGUCCCCUUCCAUCUCUGAUACAAUGGCUAAUUUCCAGGAUUACUUGGGAACUGGAAGCCUGAAACGUGAGAGGGAGUGUGUCAUGUGCUUAUCUGAAGAGAUGUCUGUGGUUUUCCUCCCAUGUGCUCAUCAGGUUGUUUGCACCAAGUGCAAUGAGCUCCAUGAGAAGCAGGGGAUGAAGGAUUGUCCUUCUUGUAGGACCCCCAUCCAGCGGCGAAUUUAUGUACGCUAUGCUCGCUCGUAGCUUUCCAUCUACAUAGUACACUGUGUUGGGUCAUCUAAAUAAUGACUUUUUGAGUUCCUUGGAAAUGAGUAAUACAUCAGAAUCAUUGAGUACAGACAGUCAAGUUCCCCUAUAAAUUAUGAGAUUGUUACUUG